GAGAUGAUUCCUCACACACUAACUAAUCAACAACGAUAAUAAUAUCCCAUUCCUUCCUUCCAAUUUGAGAUUAGAUUAGCGGAGGAAGGAAUGGCCGUGACGGCGGAGGUGGAGUCGUCGCCGGCGGCGACGGGGAAGCUGCGGUACAACUCGCCGCUGGUGCAGGUGUCCCUGAUCGGGUUGGUGUGCUUCUGCUGCCCUGGCAUGUUCAACGCCCUGACCGGGCUCGGCGGCGGCGGGCAGCUGGACCACUCCACCGCCGACAACGCCAACACCGCCCUCUACUCCUGCUUCGCCGUCUUCGGCGUCCUCGGCGGCGCCGCCCACAACCUCCUCGGCCCGCGCGUCACCCUCCUCGCCGGCGCCCUCACCUACCCGCUCUACGCCGCCUCCUUCCUCUACUACAACCACCACCCCUCCCGCCAGGCCUUCCCCGUCACCGCCGGCGCCCUCCUCGGCGUCGGGGCCGGACUCCUCUGGGCCGCGCAGGGCGCCAUCAUGACGUCAUACCCACCCCCGUCCCGCCGCGGCUCCUACAUCUCCCUCUUCUGGUGCCUCUUCAACCUCGGCGGCGUCCUCGGUGGCCUCCUCCCCUUCUCCCUCAACUACCACCGCGCCGCCGACGCCGCCAGCGUCAACGACGCCACCUACAUCGCUUUCAUGGCGUUCAUGCUCCUCGGCGCGGGCCUCGCCCUCCUCCUCCUGCCGGCCUCCAGGAUCGUCCGCGACGACGGCAGCCGCGCCACCAGGAUGAGCUACUCCUCCGUGUCCACCGAGGGGUGGGAGAUCCUCAAGCUGUUCGCCAACUGGAGGAUGCUGCUCGUCCUCCCCGCCGCAUGGGCCAGCAACUUCUUCUACACCUACCAGUUCAACAACGUCAAUGGCCGCCUCUUCACCUGCCGCACCAAGGGCCUCAACAACGUCUUCUACUGGGGCGCCCAGAUGCUCGCUGCCGCGGCCAUCGGCUACUUCCUCGACUUCGGAUUCGGAUCCUCCAGCAGGAGGAGGAGGGGCCUGUGCGGGGUCGCCGCCGUCGCCGUGCUCGGCACCGCCAUCUCCGGCGGCCUCGCCAACCACGUCCCGUACGCCGACGGCAAUUGGGGGGAGAGGCUCAUCGAUUUCAAGGAUGGGCGGCGGUACGCGGGGCCCUUCCUGCUCUACUUCAGCUACGGAUUGCUGGACGCCAUGUUCCAGAGCCUCAUCUACUGGAUCAUCGGCGCCCUCGCCAACGACACCCAAAUCCUCAGCAGAUAUGUUGGAUUCUAUAAGGGAGUGCAAAGUGCUGGAGCAGCUGUGGCAUGGCAAAUUGAUACCCACAAGACAAGCCUAAUUUCGCAAUUGAUUGUGAAUUGGGCGCUUACUACCGUGAGCUACCCCUUGCUUGCACUCUUGGUGUUCUUAGCUGUGAAGGAGGAGGACAGUUCUGUUUCUUCUGUUGAGGAUGGCAAAGAGAAAGAUAGCAAACUGUCUGCACCAACCAGCUUCCACUGAGGAGAUCUGGAGUUUUUUCAGUGUGUUCCUUCCUUUGAAAGUACAUUUUAGAAAUCAAAGGAGUAGAGUGAUUUAGGGGCCAUGGUAUAGAAAGUAAGUUUCCUCGAUGCAAUUUUCUUGGUGUUUACGUAUGUGUAGCUUAUUGUUUCAACUGCUAUGAAAGGUAGCUAUGGUUUCAGGCUUUCAUCUGCGAGAUGGUGGGUGGGUUGUUCAUUUAA